CCUGUCGGUCCAUUGUAAAAUCACUUCCUCAGUGACAGGAAGUGACGUCAUUUUGGAGGGAAAUCCCCAGAACAUCAAUGAAUAUUCCGGUCAGAUUUCUGGCAGACACUGAUGAGCCAAACUUCUGUUCCCAGACUCUGCAGAUGAGCUCGGAGAUCUUCUGUUCUGGGGUUAUUUGGCGGCUCAGACAGGUUUAAAGUGCUUCUGUAGGGAGUGUAAUGUGAGAUUGUGUUUCUGUGCAGGUGAUUCUCUCCUGAGUGUCUGUGCAUCGACCAGUUGAGCCAUGUGUUUCUCUCAUCUGUCUCUGGUUUACUCGGGUGACCCUAACCCUAAUGGAUCAUGAUGAGACCUGGUUCCUCUCCACUAUCGCCUUUGGCUUGCUUAGUUGGGGAAACGUAAUUUCUGGCAAAUACUAUUGUUGGCUUGAUUUCACAGACACUGUUUGAGCAGAACUGAACUGGACGAUGACAUCCCUGAAUCAAUAUUUGGCAAUUAUGAGUUUAUGAGUGAGAUAUAGAGUUGCAAUUACCUUUUUUCCUGUUUAUUCAUGCUGCAUAUGAUCUCUGCUCCUCUGUUGUAAUAAAGCUUUAUAAGAGACAGACUCAGUCUCUGAGGAACAUUUGCCAUCUUACGGACGUCACGCUGUCAGAUCCACUGAUGCCUCAGGAAUUAAAGGCUUUAGGUGGAAGGUUUUCAGAGGAAUUGCAUCAGAUUCAGACUCUGUGAAAGACUGAUUCCCAUCAUGAAUAUUAUUGAUCUGACUGAGAUUCAUUCAGCUGGAAGUGAUUCGACUGUCGCCCAGAUUACAUGGGUGAUUUUACCCAGAAAUCUAUUUAUUUCUAAAUUGUAGUAAAUGUUUAUAGAUGAUUACAAAUGAGCAGCAAGUAAGAAAUUGAAUUACACGUUGUUGUUUUUUUAAUGCAUGUAAAACAUGCUUCCAUAAUCUUGUAAAUUAAGCAUCUACAACUUCGGAAUCAUUUUGACAGUGUAAUUAAAAGCUGAUAUAAAUAGUUUCUCCGUCAGUUGUUGAUGUCUGAUCUCUUAAUCGAGACGAAAGAGCAGAUGUUAUCAUCAGUCUGACUGACAGCAGAGUGAGCCAAUCAGGGCGCGCUCUGAGCAUGCUCAUUAUCAUAAGUGGGUGUGGUCACGUUUGCGCUCGGAGAUCCACAGCUGCUGCUGCCGAACAUCUUCAUCACGGGUCCAGCCUCAUCCUCAUCCUCAUCUGCUCUGGAUUACUGCCUCAGGACCUCAGGACACUGUGUCAAAGUGAAGGAAUCAGAGAAACCGAGAGCCAAUCAGAGCAGCAGGGGGCCAGCGCGGCUCCGCCCCUCCACAGCCAGCUUCCUCCUGCCGCCGCCCACAGCACCCCUGUGAGGAAAGAGCAGGGCAGUGGAGCCGAGGACGACGGCACGUCACACUGGUCCUCCUCCAGUAAACUGACCCGAUCUCCCGUCAAAAUCAGCCGCAAGCCCAGGAACAUGCAGGUGAAGGUGACGCUUCUGGACGGGUGCGACUACACCUGCGUGGUGGAGAAGCGUGAUAAAGGUCAGGUUCUGUUCGACAAAGUCUGCGAGCAUCUCAAUCUUCUGGAGAAAGAUUACUUCGGAAUCACAUUCCGUGAUGUGGAGAAUCAGAAGAACUGGCUGGAUCCUGCCAAAGACAUGAAGAAGCAGAUCAGAGGCGUCGCCUGGAAUUUCUCAUUCAACGUGAAGUUUUAUCCUCCUGAGCCGGCGCUGCUUUCUGAAGACAUCACCAGAUAUUACCUGUGUUUACAGCUGCGGGAUGAUAUCGUCUCGGGUCGUUUGCCGUGUUCGUUCGCCACACACACGGUUCUGGGAUCGUAUAGUGUUCAGUCGGAGCUGGGCGAUUAUGACCCGGAUGAGUACAGCUCCGACUACGUCAGCGAGUUUCGUUUCGCUCCUCAUCAGACCAAAGAGAUGGAGGAGAAAAUCAUGGACCUGCACAAGAACUACAAAGGAAUGACGCCAGCCGAAGCUGAGAUGCAUUUUCUGGAGAAUGUAAAGAAACUGUCUAUGUAUGGAGUCGACCUUCAUCAUGCAAAGGAUUCAGAGGGGGUGGAGAUCAUGUUGGGCGUGUGUUCCUCCGGGCUCCUCAUCUACCGUGACAGACUUCGCAUCAAUCGCUUCGCCUGGCCCAAAGUCCUCAAGAUCUCCUACAAACGCAAUAACUUCUACAUCAAGAUCCGUCCAGGCGAGUUUGAGCAGUUUGAAAGCACGAUAGGCUUUAAACUUCCCAACCACAGAGCAGCCAAGAGACUGUGGAAGGUUUGUGUGGAGCAUCACACGUUCUUCAGGUUGGUUUCUCCAGAGACUCCUCCUAAGAAGUUCCUCACACUGGGUUCUAAGUUCCGCUACAGCGGCAGAACUCAGGCUCAGACCAGACGAGCCAGUUCCCAGAUCGUCCGUCCAGCGCCGUACUUCGAGCGUUCGACCAGCAAGCGCUACACGAUGUCACGGAGUCUGGAUGGAGCUCAGCGGACGCCAGUCAACACGGCAACAGUCAAUGUAAAUGGCACUAGACCAACAGAGAUGGGUACGGCGUUGUAUGGCACAGCCAAAGGCAUCGCCAUGAGUGACCUCAUCACCACGAUAACCCCGGAGAAGAGAGUGGAGGAGACGCGUGAGGAGGAGCGUGAGAAGACUCGACCGGUGCUGGUGGAGAGUGUUGUGGUGCUGGAGGAGGAGGACGAGACAACGAGAGCCACGGAACCAUCACUGCCGAGCCCACUGACCCCGGCCCGUCAGGACACACGGACUGAUCUCACAGACACCGCUGUCGAUGGAGAAUUAACGGCCACUGAGUCGGAUCAGGAGGACGAAUCUGAAGCAAAGACGCUGCCGGGGUUCAUAAGGCAAAUUAAAGGAGAGAAUGUGUUUGUCAGACACAGUAAGCUGAUGUUAGAGGAGAUGGAGCAGACGCCAGACGAGCUGCUGAAGCAUCAGACCAACAUCAGCGAGCUGAAGCGGACGUUCCUGGAGGGAGGACCGGACCGCACCGCUCUGACCGAGUGGGAGAAGCGUCUGUCCUCGUCUCCGCUGAGAUCUCCACGCAUGGACGAAGCGCCUAUGAUCGAGCCGCUGGAGCCGGACGAGGUCAAACAGGAAGUGGCGGUGGAGACACAGGAAGUGGCCGCAGCAGCAGCUCUGGAGGACAGGACGGUGGAUGUGGAGUCUGACGGGUGGGUCAUUAUAAACAAGGUUCCUCCGUUUGAACCAGAUACACGUCCUCCAGUCAGAGCUCAAACGGUUUCUCAUAAGAGACCAGAGAAGGUUUCCACCGAAGUAGAAGAAAGACAUAGACCUUCCUCAGCAGAGCCAGAAAAACCCACAUCUGAAGAGGUUCCUCCAACCAAAACCGCUUCGGAGACAUCCCAGAAGUCUCCAGCACGGGACGUUCCCUCAUCCGUCGUAUCCGAAGAGGUUCCUCUGAAGGUACCAGAAAAGGUUUCUCCCAUAAGAGAAGAAAGGUUUCCUCCAGGGGAACCAGUUAAACCAGAAGAGGUUUCUCCCAGGAAAACUCCUUCUAAGAUACCAGUGAAGGUUUCUAGCACAGAACAGCCUUCUUCUAUCACAUCUGAAGAGGUUUCUCCAAAGAAGACUCCUCCGAAGGUGCCAGAAAAGGUCUCUACGGUAAUCAAAGGGAAGGUUGAACUCAUAAAGGUUCCUUCUGUUGGUUCUUCAGAGGAUGUUCCUCCUAAAGUGCCACCAAAAGUCCCUCCGAAGGUUCCAGAGAAGAAACACGUGGCCAGCUACAGAUUCACAUCAGAACCCAGAUCUCAGGAAGGUUUCUCCGCUGUGUCCGAGCAGUUCAUUAGAUCCUGUGAGUCCAGUGAUCUUCCUUCCAUCGAGGUGAUCCCGGGGGAGUAUCCCGGUCCCGGCGCUCCGGAGACGCUCAGAUCCCCCCCGACGGCUGGAGUGCCUAAGCCCAGUUUUGAUGAGAUGUCUCCUGAGCUCACGGCGCUGUUGCAGUCUACGCGCAGCUGGGCUCCGUCUGCGUCUGCGUCUGCGUCUGCGUCUCUCGCUCGGGUCACGCAGCCGCUGGCUUCACACAAGCCAUCAGAGAGUCCGGUCCGUCCGGCUGAAGAAGAGGAUCAGGAGCCGCUGGACCAGCCUCAGGUACCUGAACCUCCAGAGGGCCCCUGGGAGCCUGCUGUGUGUUAUCAAGCGUGUGUUGUGUGUGUGGAGCCGCUGAGCUCAGUGCGAGCCCUCCACGAGACUGAGGAUGAGGAUGAGGAUGAGGAUGAGGAUGAGGAUGACUCCAGCAGUGUGAACUCAGAUAACUUCUCCGGGCCCCUCACACACACGGGUCGCUCGAGGGCCGGUCCCCACAGUGACAUCGAGUCUGGAGGAGAGAGCUUCUCUCUGUCCACUGAUGAAGAUGAUGAAGACGAUGAUGAAGAUGAUGAGCAGUCACCCAACAUAAGCCCGUCCGAGCUGAGGGGUGUGGCUGAGGGUCACAGUGGGGAGGUAGAACUGACCGCCGGUUUAGAGUCGGGUGUGGUGAGUUUCUCCAGGACUCUGUCAGGAGACACAGACACACAGGACACGUCUGUGAUCCACACGGAGAUGAAGACCAUCACAUACGAGUCUCUGCAGGGGGAGACGGAUGGAGAUGCUGCUGGCAUUCUGUUGAGCGCUCAGACCAUCACAUCAGAGACCAGCAGCAGCAGCACCACCACACACAUCACCAAGAUGGUGAAGGGCGGCAUCUCAGAAACACGGAUUGAGAAGAGAAUCGUGAUCUCAGGAGAUGCAGACAUCGAUCAUGACGAGGCUCUGGCUCAGGCCAUUAAAGAGGCUAAAGAACAACAUCCCGACAUGUCAGUGACCAAAGUGGUGGUGCAUAAAGAGACGGAGAUCACGCCGGAGGAGUGACGCAGGAUUAACAUCAUCUUCACGCUUUCUGGAGGAACUCAUGUGUUCACGCUGGGGAAAAUGAAGGAUGCUUCAGAGAGAUCUAGCACGGGAACAGCAGCAUAAAGGAAUGAAUCGCAGAAAACUUCAUCUGAACACGUCUGGAGUAACACACACACACACACACACACACACACGCUUACAGGUGCCGCACUGGAUCACUGUUACUGCAUGACAAGGGAACAAUUCUGCUUUUUUGUCAAGAGACUACAGUAUAUAGACAUUUUAGUAAAUACUAUAUGAGCGCAGUGUAUAGUCAAACCACGAUCUCGUCAUAAAGGCACUGAAGAAUAUGUGUGAGAAGAAAUAUAGCGGUUACAGAAAUCUGCAUUUAUUUAUCCUACUGAGUAAAAAAGAAAAACUUUGCACCGUAUUUAACCUCGCAGAGAUGUGCCAUCCACAUGUGUCGCCCUCCAUCGGCUCAUCUCUGAUCUGAAUAUUACACACGUUCAUCAUGAGAAUAUGAAUAUGCCACACAUGUAUGUUAGAAACAUGUUAUGUUGUUUUACUUGAGUUAUACAGCUGUUUGUUUGGUUUGAAAACUGUUCCUUGUGAGUGUUGGGUUUAGAGGAAUGAAACUCUGAAAGCUGUUGUAGUGAUGAGCUGAAAUAUCAAUCCCAGAGUGCCACAUCUGAGCCUUAAACUGUACAGACGAACCCAUGUGUGUUUAUGUCCUUGCUCGGUUUCCAAUGCAGUGUCGCCGCCCUGCUGACUGUUUCCCAAUCAAGCAACUCAAUAAAAUCUCAAUUCCAUUUCUGAUCACUUUGCAUUGCACUCAUUAUAGUAUUUCUGACAUAAAAAAAUCAAUAAACAAAUUGAAAGAACUAA